AUGAUGCUGUAUGUCUACCUCUGUGCACUGGCUCUUGUCCUGCAGCCAGUUCACUCUGCCUAUAACUGCUCCUCGGUGUAUAACAGGGUUCCAGAUAACAGUGACCUGACAGUAAACUGUGGCACCAAUAUGAUCUCUAUGGAGGUAAACUUGUGCACUGCUGAGUGGGCAGGCUUUGACCCCAGUAGCCUGGCCCUGAACGGGGAGCACAAUAAUAAUCAGUGCUUGGGCAAGAUUGACAUCAAUGUGGACCCACCGGUCAUCCGUUACCAACUGCCUGUCAAUCAUAGUCAAGAGAACCCAUGCAGACAGUCUCUGCAGAUUGUGGAUGAGGUGCCCAGUUCCUCUGGUCCAUUCCACAUGUUCUCCACCAUUCAGUCCGUCAUUAUCACAGGCUUCAUUGAUACACCCACAUCCUCAGCAGGCCUCAUCAGUUACUCCACAGACCUCUACUAUCACUUCUCCUGUCGUUACCCACUGGAAUAUCUCAUCAACAACACUCAGAUCAUAUCGUCUUCAGUGUCAGUGGCCACUAGUGACAACAAUGGAACUUUCAUUGACACUCUCAGAAUGAGUGUUUACAAUAGCACAAACUAUACCUACCCAUUGGUGGUUCCUCCUACAGGGCUGGAGCUGCGCACUAAUGUCUAUGUUGAAGUUAAAGCUGUCAAUCUCACUGGAAAUUUUUAUCUCUUGCUGGACCAGUGCUUUGCUACCCCAUCACCUUAUAAUCAUACCUCAAAUACACAGUAUAACUUUUUCACUGGAUGUUUUGUAGAGAACAGGACAACGUUAACUGAUAAUGGGAUUUCCAAGUUCUCCAGAUUUUCGUUUGAAGCAUUCCGCUUUGUGGAGCACCGUGAUCAAGAAAAGUCCACUAUAUACCUGCACUGUAUACUGCGACUUUGUGAGCCAAAUAAAUGCCAAGAACUACUUAAAUCUUGCAACAGUAAUGGAAAACGUAGACGGAGAGCCCUAGAGCCUUAUGGAUCACAAGUAAAAGACUCUGCCACAGUGUCUGUGGGUCCUUUGUAUACCGCAGCUCUAAAGAAUGAUGUUCCCACUGCAUCUGCCUAUGGAGGCAGUGAGCCAUUGGACAGGAACAAUGUGAAUGUUGCUGGAGUGGUGGUGGGGGUCAUAUUUGCCACCGGUGGUGUUGUGUUGCUAGCUAUGGCUGGAUGGUUUGUGCUGAAGAAGUUUUACUGGGCUGGUGCUCUGCCUCAGGCUUUCCGCUGA